AUGACGGAUUCAAAGGAUACCAGCACAGUCGUCGAUGUCUACCACGACCGUGCCAGUUUCUCUUGCGCCAAGUGCGCCGCUGUUCUCGCUCUUCAGGACGAGCUGAUCAGCAAGUCGUUCUCGGGGAGAGAGGGCAGAGGCUACUUGAUUCAUUCAGCCGUCAAUGUGUCUAUGGGGAAGAAAGAAGACCGACCCCUUCUGACAGGAGUCCACACCGUUGCAGACGUCUUCUGCGUCGGCUGCAAGGAACGUGUAGGGUGGUACUACUACAAGGCCUCCGACCAUUCGCAGAAGUACAAAGAAGGCAAGUACUUGCUCGAGCGGGAGAGGUUGAUCAAGGACAACAAGUGGAAGUUGGACUCAUGA